AAAAAUUCCAAUUCAAAGCACACACUUUCGAGACAAAGACUUGCUUCAAAAGAAUCAAAAGGACAAAGUUUUUUGUGUUGCCAAGUUUUGGAUCCUUUUAUAAUGAACCUCACUUGAAAGCAAAGUUUCCACAUUUCCAAAUUCUAUGGCUACACUGCAGAGAUUCAAGUUCUUGGGGACGCAGUGCGGAGUAGCAGCACAAAGCCCGACACGAAGUCCGAGUCCGAGGACAAGUCCAUUGGUACAGCUUCGACGAAAGAAGACAACUUUAAAGAUGCUUUUGAGUCUUGCAUCUCCGAGUCGCCGAGAGCAGCAACCGUUGAUUCAUCAUCAUCACAAGGACGUAGCCGGACGGAAACUUAAAGACUUAUUCGUCUCUUCGUCUUCCGCAGAGGAAGAACAAGAAGAGGACGAGAGACCAAAGGGGAAAACAAAAGAAGAAGUUCUUGCAGCCAUGGCGGCUAAACUGAAUGCAGCUUCAAGAUUACAAUGUGAGUCUGCUGAUGCAGCACCAGUUUGGUUCGGAUUCAGCAAACGGCUUCUUCAGCGAGCUUGGCGUCCUAAACUUGGUACCAUUCACGAGUAAUGUAACCCAAUUUUCUUCUCUUUUUUUGGUGUGACUUUGGAAACCAUUAGUUUCCCAUAUGAAUGAAUAUAUAUGUUUCUUCUCAAAUUUGGUAUCUUUAUGUUUGAAUUCCUAAUAAAGAUUGAUCAAAAUUUCACAUUUUCGUAUCAUUAAGUGGCCCAACUUGUAAAAAAGAAAGAGAAAGGUUUAAGCCUUUGAUACCUAUUUGCUUCCAAAUGGGAUUGGGGAACUAUUGAUUAAACAUCCUGAAAUAUUUAAGAUAAUAGCAUUGUGUAAUUGAGGACCAAGAAGUGAGAUGGAGAAAACAGAAAAGGAAAGUGACAUUGUUUGGGUAUGUCAAUACAAAGCUGAUUACUUUA